AUGGCGGGCAAUCCUCGCCCGCGCAUACUCGACGACGAGUUCGACUUCAAUGCCGGCGACCUCUCAAAACAGUUCGAGCAGUUGUUACGGACAAGAAGGCUCAAUGAACUCGAGCAACAAGCCAGAAGCCCCCGAUCAUCUUCACCUCACCUCGCACCUCGGACAUCUUCACACAACUCACACGCCCCCAACUCUCCACAACCCUCAGUCGCUCCAAGUUCACGAUCAUCACAACACCAACCACCAACCUACCCUAACUUCCGAAGUUACCCCAUCGUCCCUUCACCUCCGCAAGAUGGCCCGUCGCUGAGGUUUCGAAGCAUGCUCCUGACGCUGUCCAUGACCCCUGUCAAAUACGAGAACCCAGGGCUACUGGACGAAGCCCUGACCCACGUGCCCAUCGACAGAAUCUACUCCGAGGCGGAGGAGGAGCACAAUCUGUUAAAAGGACUGGCUGCCUCGAAAGGUGACAAUGUCAAGCCCGAAUGGGGCUAUCUGGACUGCGUGAUCAGAUCGCUGCUCAGGUGGUUCAAGCGCUCUUUCUUUUCAUUUGUCAACAAUCCUCCGUGCCAACGAUGCCACGGCGCCACUGUCGCUCGCGGGCAGACUCCUCCCACCUCCGAUGAAGUCGCCCGUGGGGCAACAAAGACGGAACUAUACCAGUGCACAGGUCUCGGUUGCCAGGCUUUCGAGAGAUUCCCCCGAUACGGUGAAGUCUGGACACUACUGGAGACUCGGAGAGGACGGGCAGGCGAGUUCGCCAACUGCUUCAGUAUGCUGUGUCGUGCUGCCGGUGCCAGGGUGCGCUGGGUGUGGAACAGUGAGGACCAUGUCUGGACUGAGGUCUACAGCGAUCAUCAACGAAGGUGGAUCCAUGUCGACCCUUGUGAAGAGAUGUGGGAUAACCCUAGAGUAUACACUGAAGGCUGGAAUCGCAAGAUUGCCUAUUGCAUUGCCUUCUCAAAUGAUGGUGCGACCGACGUCACCCGACGCUAUGUCCGCAGCUCUCGCUACCAGCUACCCAGGACUCGUUGUCCCGAAGAGGUCCUCCUUUGGAUUAUGCAUGAAAUACGCAAGGUUCGGAGGGAAAACAUGGACAAAUCCGUCAGAGCACAGUUGAUGCGCGAAGACGAAAGGGAAGAGAGGGAGCUGCGCAGCUACGUUGCCCAUUCCUUAGCUAACGACGUGAUCAACUCUAUGCCUGGCGCAGUCGAUUCCCAGCAUCCUGAUGAGGUCAAGCGUCCCGUUGACCCACAGUCACAACAAGAGGAGGUUGGCCAGUGGCCUCAGCAACACAUGGAUCAGCCAGGCCGUCGGUGA